AUCUUUACAGGAUAUCUAAUCAGGAUGAUUAUGCAAAAGACGCGGUCAGUGUAUAACACACGGUUUGAGGAAGAGCAACAGGUUUCUGAAUCUUGUCAAGAUGUGACGCGUUUCGUGAGAAGAUUCAUCGAUUCUGCGAUUACCGCCGCGAUAAAGAUUGUCGCUGUCAUGGAUAGUCAGUCCUCGCUCAGUUGCACAGACUGGCCUACGUGCGGAGAUAUGAAUGUGCGAAACGGCUUGCGAAGUUUGAAGAAGGAGAUGCUCAGAUGGAAUCAAUUAUCGGCUCUGAGAAGCUGGAUGUUUCACGUAAAGUUUAUCGGUCUUAACAGAGAAGGGACCGCCGAAUUCUACAUGUAUCAGGUUCUAUGGAGCAUACCCACACCGGCAUAUCCGGAGCCAUAUGUGACUGUCAGCGUGUACUUCUGCAUCGUGGCGAGUCGCGUGCAGCCGCCGCACUUUCCAGUCGACGUCACGUAUGUAUUCGAGGGACAUCAGUUUGUGCAUCGGUUGAGCGUAGUUUUUAAACCGAAGUGGCUUUACGACAUUCUCGACAUGAAAACCAUGCUGUUCAAAACUUUCACAUUUUAAGAUAUCAAUACGUGGUUGGUGGUUUCAUUCAUUCUCUCUCCCACGGAGUUGGUGCACGUAGCCGACCACAAAAAGAAUCUAUUUACAAUCCCGCGGAGGACACCGAGGAGGUGUGAACUCCGCGUUGGUCCCUGGGCCCGAUCCUAAUCUCUUUUACGCAUUCUC